AUGCGUUUCGAUAUCAUCUCCCUCACGGCUGGCUUUGCCGCAACUGCCUCCGCUCAAUGCGUUGGCAACUACUUCAGCUUCUACAACCGCGCUGGUAAUGCCAUGAGCUACCAGCGUCUCGACCCCGGUCUAUUCCCCGGAACUGAGAGCCCUCAUCUCCACUCUUUCGACGGAGGAAAUGGACUCUCCAAGUCCAUGGGCUUUGCUGAUACCCAGGCCUCGGACUGCACCACUGCUCGUGUCAAAACCGACAAGUCCUUGUACUGGCGCCCUACUCUGUUCUUCACCAACGGAACCAAACUUUACCGCGUACCCGAGCUGUCCACCAAGAUCUACUACAAGUACGGGGAUGGCAACAACUGGGCAAACGUCACGGCGUACCCAGAGGACUUCAACAUGAUCGCUGGUAGCCCGCUCAAGCGUUCGGAUGGCGACAACCCAGCCGGUGUUCGUUGGGGCUGCCACGAGCCUGACGGUGGCUCCACAGCCAUCUUCGCCAAUGGUUUUCCCAAGGGCUUCAGCACCUGCAAGUACGGCUUCGCGUCCGAAGUCACCUUCCCCUCCUGCUGGAACGGUGAGAAGAUGGAUCCCAAGAACCCCAAUGCGCACAUGGCCUACCCCAACGGCAACGCUGGCAUCGGUAUCGAGAACUGCCCAACCACUCACAGGGCUGCGCGCUUCCCGACUCUCUUCAUCGAGUACUGGUGGGAUGUUACCAGCUUUACAUUUGGUCCUGAUGAGGCUCCUUGGCUCUUGUCCAACGGUGACCCAACUGGCUACGGCUUCCACGGUGACUUUAUGAACGGAUGGGAGACCGGUGUCCUCGAGAAGGCUGUGAGUGAGAACGAUGGCUGCAAGUGCGGUUGCGGAUGCGGACAGGAAGAAAUGGAACAGUGCUUCGGUUCCGAGAAUGUCAACAAGGACAGCGACGAGUCCUGGGCAAGCUGCUCUGCCAUGGAGGCAUACGGCGGCGACGAUGGAAGCGUCCUUGAUGCUCUCCCUGGUUGCAACCCUAUCCAGUCUGGCCCUGCUUCUGCUACCUCAGCAUCUGGCCCAGGCUGCACUGCUGCACCUGCCCCUGCUGGCAACAGCACAGCAACUUAUUCCGCAACCGUACGCCCUACUUCCAUGGCUGCCGUCUCAUCUGUAUAUGGGGCUGCCCCCUCCGGCGUCUACUCCGCGGUCCUACCCAACGUCUCUUCUGCAGUGUCGGUAGUCGGAGAGGCCGCAACUCCUCUCCCCAUGAGCGCCUUCUCAUCUUACAGCGCCGUGCUUCCUGAUAAGCAGAUUGGCAAGCCAACUGGCGGCUACAAUGCUGCGCAGCCCACCCCGAUUGCGUCUGAAGUUGCAGAUGCUACUUCCUGCACGGGCGGAGCUGUUGUCACUGAGACGGUAAAGGCGACAAUCACCGUCACCGUCGACGGACAUGCCGCUAUGAACACAGGCUCCUACUAA